AGCAAGGGGAGUUAGAGACUGAUGAAACAGGCCUAUCAUUUUGACUUGUGUAUCUGCCAAUAUAAAACAAUUUCCUUUCACUGUUUCAAAACCCCAACUCACUCCUUAAAAGGCACUAGAACCACACCCCCACCAAGUCCAUUAAUUUGAAACCAGACAUACCUUUACUCACUCAAAAAAAAAAAAAAAAAGCUGAAAGCUGAGAGAUCCCACAAAAUCAAAAGCCCAGAGAGAGAGAGAGAGAGAGAGAGAGAUGGGAAGGGCACCUUGCUGUGACAAGGCAAACGUGAAGAAAGGGCCAUGGUCGCCUGAAGAGGACGCCAAACUGAAAGAAUUCAUAGACAAGUAUGGCACUGGCGGGAACUGGAUAGCGCUCCCUCAGAAAGCUGGCUUAAAGAGGUGUGGGAAAAGCUGCCGGUUGAGGUGGCUAAACUAUCUAAGGCCUAACAUCAAACAUGGUGAAUUUUCUGAAGAAGAAGACAGGAUAAUCUGCACCUUCUAUGCUAACAUUGGAAGCAGAUGGUCAAUUAUAGCUUCCCAGUUACCAGGCAGAACUGAUAAUGAUAUCAAGAACUACUGGAACACCAAGCUCAAGAAGAAGCUCAUGGGUAUGGUUCAAUCCAGCCAGAGAAAGCCACAGCCACAGCCAUAUCCACCACCUCUCCAACCAUCAGCAGAUUCUCAUGAGAUCUCAUCUCUAUACAAAGAUUACAGUCCAUAUUACAGCAAUCCAGCCAAUCUCAUCAACAACUACAAUUACUUUAACUUCACCCCUUCUUUGUCAGCAAAUGGCUCUCUUCUUCAUGCCCAAGGGAGCUGUUUCAGCCCCAUGAUCUUGUUUGGAGGUGACCAAGCUAGUUGUUCCUCUUCUGAUGGGAGCUGCAGCCAUGGGAAAGAGGUUAAGCAAGAAGAAAUGGGUCUCCAGGCCUACAUUUCAAAUGCGUUUGAAGAUCAAAAACACAAGUUGAUGCUUGACUACGGCAUCAUAAAUGGAGGGUUUGGCAACAGCAGCAGUAGCAGUACUGCUGCUUUUGCUUCUGAGCUUGAGGAAGUGAAGCAGCUGCUGAUAAGCAAUGGUACUGAUAAUGGGUACUGUAACAGCGUCUUCCUCAACGAUGAAAACAAGACACAAGAGAUGAGAAACAUGUACUAUAAUUACUACUGAUAAUUUGGGCACUGUGAGAAGCAGAUGGAGAAUCAGAAAGAUUUGGAGGGGCAUGGGGAUGGGGAUUCACAGAUAAGACCAUCAGUUUCUGGGGCUUUGUGAUGGAUAUGAAAUGAAAACAUUUCCUACUUUUUCCCUCUCUGGUCUGUCUUUCUCUUUCUUGACAGUGCUUUUCUUUUUGUGCAUUUCUUUUUGGGGGCUGAUGAUGUUUGAAUGUUUGUACGGUCGUCUCUGCCAUUGCCCAAAACUCAGAAAUAAUUGCCAUGGAAAUUAGAGAAGUUAUCAUUCAUUCAACGCUCCGAAAUAUCAUUAAGGGAAAACCAUCACAACAAUUAAUGAAC